AUGAAGACCACUUCACGCGUGCAGAUUGUUGUGCUUCGAAUCGGAGACUCCAAGCGAAUCGGCUUCAUGUUCAUCUCAAGCAUCAAGCUGAUCUUCCUCGUUCUGAGCUUCCACAACUACGUGCUCGGCGAUCUUAACGGCCUAUUCUUCUCGAGCAAGCUUUACCAUACCCCCUUCCUGGUUCUCAACUUCAGGGCGGACAACACUGUCUUCAUGGUGAUAUCAGACGACACUGUCGAUCCGAUGAAAGCCCACUGGGAACAUGUGCCGGGCACGGAAGAUAUUAACGCGUUCGCUAUCCACCUUACUGACGAGCAGUACAUAGACAUGGCUAAUAUGUUUCCAUUAGACUACCGUUCGCACACACUAUAUGGCGUUCUAAAGCAUACCAUCGAUGCCAACCCUAUUCGAUAUAUUGAGAUGAGCUAUGGGCUUGAGACGGUAUCAUUUGGCAUCAGACUUUUCCAUAUCAUGCGUAUUGUGUAA